AUGAUGUGGAAGGCUGUGAUCUUGCUGGCUUACUUUGCUGGCCUUGUAUCAUCGGCGCAGCUAUUCACCACAACGGUAUUCAUCCCGUCGAACCAUUCGGAAUUCAGAUGGACCGAGCUCGCCAGCCCUCCUGAUGGUGCACCAGCCAUUUCAAAGACAUCCUCCAUUAGUAUAGUGGGCAACAAUGAUGCUGCAAACAAUCUGCAGGAUCAAACCUGGGGCACUGCAUACCAGUUUGGAGGUGCUUCUUGUAACGAUACCAUCAUACCUACUCCACCACCUGACAACUACAAGGUGUCGGCGUUCCUGCUCCUUCCAUAUCCACCAAACUCUGGACCAUGCUCAGAGGCUGCAUUGUUUGCGAGAGCCUUGAAUUACUCUGCCCAAGCGGUAUUUUUCGCCUAUUCACCAGCUCCAGCAGACUAUUCAGGUGCAAUCACAACAGCCAUCAAAAGCACUUCCAUAUUCGUGCCUCUAGUGGGUCUCAAUCUGAAUGACUUUAGCAGCAUGUUGACUGCGAUACAAUACUUUAAUGCAAUGGGAACUGUCUAUCAAAACACUACCGCCUACAAUUUUACAGAAUACGGACCAGCAGUGAGAGCUGUACCUGGCUUCCUCGGUGUCGCCGCAGUAUUAAACCCAUCUGUAGCCAGCUCAUCACUAUUACUUCAAUUCUUCCUCGCAUUCGUUGCAGGUAUCGUAUUCGUCGGACUCCCAUGUAUAUGUGGAGUACACCUCCUCGCCCGAUACCGCCGUCGUCAACUCAACGGUGACUUGGCAGAAGGUGGACCUCUCCGAACCGGUAAACCAACACUCGACGCUCUAGAUCUCGAAGCCCUCCCCGUAAAAGAAUAUCAUCCGAAAAAUAAAGGUGGACUGACUGAUCCACCUGGCACACCGAAUGGAGAUAACGGACAAAUGAUAUCUGCCUUGGAAAUGAUUAGAAUGGAUCGUAUGAAGGCUAGACCUGUAUCGGAACCAACUACACCAGUAGCUGCUAUAACACGAGCUAAUAACCCCUCUAGAGUGAAUGUCCCGAUUAUACCGUCUUCAUCAUUAGGUGAUGAAACACCAUUACUUGCAUCUGCUGGAUCCUCUGUAAAUAGCGUCGAGGGAGCCUUGUCGAAUACUAUGCCAAGCAGUCCGUCACGGACUAUUGUAGCUGAUCCUGAAGAAGAAAUUAAGCCCGCUUCAUUACCCGUAUCACAUAAUUCAUCUAGUGCUUCGUUAGGUGCAGAUACCAUACGACGUGCUACCCGUAAAACUAAUCCAGAGACGGCUUCGAUCGUCUCUGCAGCACCGACUAUUGAGACUUGUGCUAUAUGUAUAGAGCCGUAUGAGGAUGGAGAGUCUGUCAGGGUGUUGCCGUGUCAUCACUUUUUCCAUGCGGUUUGUGUGGAUCAAUGGCUAAAGGAACGGGCAGCGGAAUGUCCUAUAUGCAGAAUCGAGAUCAAACCAGCACGAUCCUCAUUGUCGUCACAACGACAAAGGAUAACCAUGGACCUACUCAGGGACGACUCCUCUGCCAUGUUUAUCGCACCACCUACAAGGUCAACAUCCGUAUCCGUUACACCGAUAGCCUCAUCUUCUUCGUCUCCAUCAUCGCCAAUAUCGCCAAUACAUAGUGAUACGACUACAUUAGUCGAGUCUCCUGUUGAAUCGAAACGGAAUAGUGUUAGUGAUGAAGAGGAAGUGGUGGUGGUUGGAGGUGGCUCUAGAGUGACAUUUUCACCUGAUACAAGAGAUGAGAGUGGGGGAAACUGA